UGAUUAAUCAAAAGUAAUAUGGCGGUUGUCGUAAAUGGGAAAAGUUUAUUGUAAGUAGGGAAAGCUGCCACUAUCGAAAGAAACCACGUUUCCAUUUUUCAAAAACGACUUUUAAGAAUUUUUAGAAAUCGUUUGUAAGAAGAAAUUGUAUAAUCAAUCGAUAAUCAUGAGCGUGGAUGCGUAUGGUCCAAGUUCACAAACACUCACGUUUUUGGAUACAGAAGAAGCUGAUUUAAUAGGCGCUGAUACACAAGGUUCCGAAUGUGAUUUUACCGAUUUCACUAUACCAUCGCAAACUCAAGCCUCCCAACAUGAUCAUUCUAACACGCACGUUACCGGAAUACAAGUUAACGGAGUGCCACACAAGUCAACUAACAUAAUUAGCAAAAUAUCGGCUGCGACAACUGCUUUGGGAGAGUUACAGUUUGAGGAAGAUGACGAAGAGUUUUACAAUAGUAAGGAAUUGCCCGACUAUGCUUGCAAAUACUGUGGAAUUCACGAGCCGAACUGUGUAGUGAUGUGUAACCUGUGUAAGAAGUGGUUUUGCAAUGGACGCGGGAACACAUCCGGCAGUCAUAUUAUUAAUCACUUGGUUCGUGCCAAACACAAAGAGGUUACUCUGCACAAGGAUGGUCCCUUGGGAGAAACGGUUUUAGAGUGUUACAGUUGUGGUGUUCGUAAUGUCUUUGUGCUAGGAUUUAUUCCUGCAAAGGCAGAUUCUGUUGUUGUGCUUUUAUGUCGUCAGCCAUGUGCUGCACAAAACUCGUUAAAGGAUAUGAAUUGGGAACAAGAGCAAUGGAAGCCCCUAAUUUCUGAUCGCAGUUUCUUAACGUGGCUAGUCAAAAUACCAUCCGAGCAAGAACAAUUGAGAGCACGUCAAAUUACGGCGCAGCAAAUAAAUAAAUUGGAAGAACUGUGGAAGGAUAACGUCGACGCCACGUUUCAAGAUCUCGAGAAACCGGGCGUUGACGAAGAGCCCCAGCAAGUACUGUUACGCUACGAGGACGGGUAUCAAUACCAAAAUAUUUUCGGUCCGCUCGUGAAGUUAGAGGCAGACUACGAUAAGCGUUUGAAGGAGUCGCAGACUCAAGAAAAUAUCGAAGUUAGGUGGGAUGUCGGUUUAAAUAAGAAGACGAUCGCCUAUUUUACUUUGGCGAAGACGGACGGUGACAUGAAGCUUAUGCAUGGAGAUGAACUGCGGCUUCGGUACGUGGGUGAAAUGCACAAAACCUGGGCUGGAGUUGGACACGUUAUUAAAGUACCAGACAAUUAUGGAGAAGAUAUUGGGAUCGAGCUUAAGAAUGGUGCGGGUGCGCCCAGCGAAUGCCAUAGCAAUUUUGUGGUGGAUUUUAUUUGGAAAAGUACCAGUUUUGAUAGGAUGCAGCUGGCGCUUAGAAAAUUCGCUGUGGACGACACAAGCGUAUCCGCUUACAUAUACCAUCGCCUUCUCGGCCACGAAGUAGAAGAGGUCCUAUUCCGUUGUCAUCUCCCCAAACACUUUUCUGCACCUAACCUACCAGAUCUCAAUCGCUCACAAGUCUAUGCCGUUAAGCAUGCGUUACAGAGACCUCUGUCUUUAAUACAGGGCCCUCCGGGUACAGGUAAAACGGUCACCUCAGCAACCAUUGUCUAUCAGCUGGUUAAGCAGAACGGUGGACCGGUGCUGGUUUGUGCCCCGAGCAAUACGGCGGUAGAUCAGCUAACUGAAAAAAUUCACCGUACCAACUUGAAAGUUGUACGUUUAUGCGCAAAAUCGAGGGAAGCGAUCGACUCGCCCGUUAGCUUUCUGGCGUUGCACAAUCAAAUUCGGAAAUUGGACACGAACACGGAACUACAAAAGCUGCAGCAGUUGAAAGACGAAACCGGGGAAUUAAGCUCGGUGGAUGAGAAACGGUAUCGAAUGCUAAAAAAAUCCGCCGAGAGGGAGCUGUUGGAAGCGGCCGAUGUUAUUUGCUGUACAUGUGUUGGUGCCGGUGAUCCCCGUCUUGUCCGGCUCAAGUUUCAUUCCAUUUUAAUUGACGAAAGUAUGCAGGCGACGGAACCCGAGUGUAUGGUGCCCGUGGUACUGGGGGUAAAGCAGUUGAUAUUGGUGGGAGACCACUGUCAAUUAGGUCCCGUUGUCAUGUGUAAGAAGGCGGCUCGCGCGGGUCUUUCUCAGAGUUUGUUCGAACGACUUGUCGUGUUGGGGAUAAGGCCUUUCCGUUUGGAAGUCCAAUAUCGUAUGCAUCCGGAGUUGUCGAGAUUUCCAUCGAAUUUCUUUUAUGAGGGUAGCCUACAGAAUGGCGUCUGUGCAGAUGAACGUAAACUGUUGAAGAUAGAUUUCCCAUGGCCCGUUUUAGACAGACCUAUGUUCUUUUAUGUAACACAAGGUCAAGAAGAAAUCGCCGGUUCCGGUACCAGUUAUUUAAAUCGUACAGAAGCUGCUAAUGUUGAGAAGAUAGCCACCCGAUUUUUAAAAUCCGGUAUUAAGCCCGAACAAAUUGGAAUAAUAACGCCUUAUGAAGGACAGCGGGCUUAUUUAGUACAGUAUAUGCAAUAUCAAGGUUCACUUCAUGGAAAACUCUAUCAAGAAAUUGAGGUUGCUAGUGUGGACGCUUUCCAAGGUAGAGAAAAGGACAUAAUCAUCAUGUCGUGUGUUCGCUCAAAUGAACACCAAGGUAUAGGGUUCUUAAACGAUCCACGCCGCUUAAAUGUCGCAUUAACUCGAGCCAAGUACGGAAUUAUCAUCGCUGGAAAUCCGAAAGUAUUAUCUAAACAGCCCUUGUGGAACCACCUCUUGAGCUUCUACAAAGAACAAAAGGUGCUCGUAGAAGGACCGCUUACUAAUUUAAAAGAAUCUCUGAUUCAAUUUGCGAAACCAAAAAAAUUGAUUAAUUCUGAAAAUCCAGGAUCUCACUUUAUGACCACAUCCAUGUUCGAUGCACGUGAGGCUAUGGUUCCCGGUUCAGUUUACGAUCGUAAUAAUGUGACGAUGAAUGGAGGAUCCUAUAGUUACCCCAGAGGUGCAGUUCCUCUCGAUAUGUUUAGUAGAACUCACGAUCCGAUAAGUUACAUCUCCCCGGAACGCGCCCAGGCCAACACUAACAACUUACCGGUUCCAAUGGGAAUGUUUAUGAACAUGGCGCACAUUCCUCCCCGAUUCUAUAACCAACACCAGCAAGCGUUACAACGUCAAGUUCAAAACUCGCGCAAUCGUAAAACGCCCAUACGUCAACGCAACAAAGGACUAAGUCAAGAACAGACACAACCGUUUAGUCAAAGCUUACAAUUAACACAAGGCAUGUCACAACCUGGAUUAUCCCAACCCGGAUUUAGCCUCUCGCAACCCGGACUAUCUCAACCCGAAUUGAGUCAAGAUCCGUAUAUGACCGAGUAUCAGUCCCAACUGGACGGCUUACUAUCCCAAGAUUCGACGUAUCAAGGAGAUCGAUCGGCGUUCUACCAACCGAAUGCCCAAUUUUCACAACCCUAUUAAUAUAUGACGCUGGAGACGUUUGCGCGAAUCGCGGGAGCGAAUAAUGAAAAUUACAAAGUGAAAUCUGAUCAUGAAAAGCGAAAUUGUCAGUACAUGCAGCAAAUACAGGUCUUAAAGAUAUCGACUAACGAGAGAAAUAAUACCGGCAGUGUAAACAAUAAAUGUCUGACCAUAAUUUGCAGAAGAACGCAUCGAAGCAAUUUCUACACUUGAGUAAUGCGAGUUUUAAAUGGUAGAUGAUUGUUUCCACUUACUCCCAAUAAUUGUAUUAUUUCUUAUUUUUCCUAGUAUUUUUAUUCUUAUUUUAAAGUUUAUUUUGUAUAAAUUUUAUUGUUACCAUUUGUGUCCGUCUAUAAGUGUUUGUUUCAAUGUAAGUGUCAAUUCGACUGAUAAAAAAUCACCCCUUUGGAUUUGAAGCAAGCAUUUGUAUUUGUUUUUGGUUUAAAAUUAAUGUCAGAUUGUUGUCAAUACAUUUUUUAAAGCAAGAAUACAUUCAUACAUGUUUUGUGUAGUGGCGGUCAAGUUUAUUUUAUAAAUAUCACUUUAUUUUUGUUAUCAAUGGGAAAUAAGCUAUAAACUUUUUAGUUAGAUAAAUUAUGGUAAGAUUCUUUUAAAAAUUAAUAUUGAUGCAAAACACAUUCAAAUUGUUUACUUUAUUCCCUUACCGGUCCCUUCCAAACCGAUCCAAUAUUCCUGUAACGAGAAGAGGAUGUAGAAACAGGGCGGCUAGAUUUUUGUGUUGCUACAUAAUGCAAACUAGGUUUUUCUAAGCUCAUACAAUUUGAUUUGUAACAUUUUUGGAUAUAAAAGUUGCAUAAGACGAUGUUUGUAUUGUUUACAGUGAAUUAAUUGAAUUUUAUUAGCAAUCAUCAUCAGCCUGUAUACACAUUCAUUGGAGAAAGGUUUUCAGAAUUUCUUUCAAAAUAAAAUGUAAUUUUCUGUCUGCAUCGUAUGUGUAUUUUUUAAUAAACGUUUUCAUUGUGACAAUGAAAACUAACCCACAUCUUA